UCUGUUUUUGGAGAGGGAGGAGAGAGGACUGUUCGGAGGACCACACUGCUCUUUACUCUGCACACACACACACACACACACACACACAAAAAAAAAUGACCCGGGUAAAAAAAAUCGCUCGCGUCCGUUAGGAAACCAUGAAGUGUCCUUUAGUGUGUGUGUAUUUUCCGGCGAACAGGAAAGGGGGGCUGUGAAGUGGAGGCGCUCCUCUGAGUGUGUAGUCCGCCGUACGCAGGAGCCACUGUUGUUGCCACUUUCUCCGAGAGAAAAGGACGGGAUCAGCAGAGAAAGACCGGGGAAGAACUUUGUGCAAGAUGCAGGGGGUGUCGGCUACUGACCUCCCUGCCUCUUCUCUGCAGUACCAGUGUGGCUCAGUGGACUAUCUGUGCUCUCCACGGCUGGCAAAGAAAGGUCCGACCCCCAAACAAUGUCACGACAGGCCUGCCAUCAAACCCCGGCCCCAGCCCUCCACCUCACCCAGACCGCCGACCGCACAGAAACCUCAAGUGCCCCCUAAACCUUCGCACCUGCUCGCCCUUGGGCAAGACAAGAAACCCAAGAGGAUCCCCCCAGCGCCCUGCAGGCCUUUGCCGGCACCUCCUCCACCACCUAAACCAAAGCCCAAUCUAACCCCUCCUGGCCCGGGAGCACAGCAACAGAGAGAGGCCCAGAAAGUGGGGCUGCUCAUCGAGAGGUUUGAGAAUUCAAAGGUCCCCAUCCUGGGGGUGCUCCCACGGUCCCAGCUGCACCUGUGUCUGAGAAUGGACACUGCGUCUGACAUCAACUCCUCCUGCGGCCAGGACACCACAGGGAAGGUUGCAGGAGACUCCUCCCCUGUAGACAAACUUGCACUUGGCACCUCCGAACGGACUGACGAGGUCUCUGACCUUUCCUGUCUGGCUUCCAUGCACAUCGACGGCUCAGAUGACGCCACGCUGGACGAUUUGCAGGCGGAGGACGACAUCACACACAGCAUUGGUUGCCUUGACGAUGUGGAGCGGGAGGAAGGCUCCUCCCACGAGCUCCUGGACAAUCCGGACUCCUCGGAGCAGAACGGGAAGAUUCCCAACCGGGACAGUGGCAUCGACAGCCCGUCGUGCGCCGCAGAAGGGGAAGUGUUUCCCAACGAGGACGCCAUUGAUGAGGAAGACCAUUACGACAGUGUCACUGAAACGGAGAGUGUGUCCUGCUGUGUCACCCUGGGCAACAAGCGAGAUUCAACGCAGGAUGAGGACAGUGACUUGGAUGAGGGGAGCAGUGGGGAGAUGCACUCUCUGACAGACACACAGACUGGGUAUCUGACAGAUACAUCUUCAGAGGCGUACAAAUGCUCCGAGGCUCAGAAGCUCCUGAACAUCGCCAAAGAGCUUCUCCACACUGAAGAGGCCUACGUCAAGAGACUCAACCUCCUCGACCAGGUAUUUUGCACUAAGCUCACAGAGGCUGGAAUCCCUCAGGAUGUCAUUACAGGGAUCUUCUCCAACAUCUCCUCUAUCUACUGCUUCCAUGACAAGUUCCUGCUCCCUGAGCUCAAGACACGCAUUACUGGAGAAUGGGACUCCAAUCCUCGCAUCGGAGACAUCCUCCAGAAACUGGCUCCGUUCAUGAAGAUGUAUGGAGAAUAUGUAAAGAACUUUGACCGAUCCAUGGACCUGGUCAACACCUGGACACAGCGGUCAUCGCAGUUCAAGAGUGUCGUCCAGAAUAUACAGAAACAGGAUGUGUGUGGGAACCUGACAUUGCAGCACCACAUGCUGGAGCCAGUCCAACGGAUUCCUCGGUAUGAGCUGUUGCUCAAAGACUACCUGAAGAAGCUGCCUGAUGACGCUCUUGACCGAAAAGACGCAGAUAAGGCACUGGAGCUUAUCUCUACUGCAGCUAACCACUCCAAUGCAGCAAUCAGGAAAAUGGAGAAGAUGAACAAACUGCUGGAGGUUUAUGAGCGGCUCGGGGGAGAAGAGGACAUAGUCAACCCAGCCAACGAGCUCAUCAAAGAGGGACAUAUCAAGAAGAUGUCAGCCAAAAAUGGAACAGCACAAGACCGAUACCUCUACUUGUUCAACAAUAUGGUGCUAUACUGCGUGCCUAAGCUCAGACUGAUGGGACAGAAGUUCAGCGUCAGAGAGAGGAUUGACAUUGCCGGCAUGGAGGUGCAGGAGAAUGUGAAGCAGAACCUCCCUCACACGUUCGCCAUCAUCGGCAAGCAGCGUUCACUCGAGCUGCAAGCCAGGACAGCUGAGGAGAAGGAAGACUGGAUCCAGGUGAUCCUGGCCACUAUCGAGAGGCACAAACAAAACAGCGAAACAUUCAAUAAAGCUUUCAACAGCUCCUUCUCUCGAGAGGAUGACCAUCUCCCUGAGUCACCGGGUCCCUGGACAUCCAUGGACUCGGAUAGUGAAAGACUGCAUGAAAGGAAAAGUUCCAGGAAAAAGGAGAAAGAGAAGCAAACAUGUAAAGGCUGCAGCGAGAGCUUCAAUUUCACCAAGCGCAAACAUCACUGCAAGUCCUGUGGAGCGGCCAUCUGUGCAAAGUGUUCAAAGACCUUGGACAACAAAACGAGCCGAGUGUGCCCAGAGUGUUUCGAUGCCAGCCUCAGCCUGGAGAAUCUCGGUGUUGGUGAACAGAAAAGGAAAGCUGCGCCUGAGAGACAGACGUCUCUAACAGGGGAGAACUGUUUACUGUGUGGCCACCUCCAAGUGCAGGAGAAAGGGAAGAGCUGGACCAAGAUGUGGGUGGCUGUCACCAAGGCUGAGCCACUGGUGCUGUACUUGCAGAGCAGUGGACAGGAUUCCAAGGGGGCGCGGGCGGUGCCUCUUCCUGGGUUUGAGGUGAGCGUGAUCCCGCCAUCGGGAGCCGAAAAGUCGGACGUCAAACACGCGCUCCGGCUCAGUCACACCCAGCAAUCUUUGCUCUUAAGUGCCCAAGAUGCAGAACUUCAGGCCAAGUGGGUGGACGUCCUCUCCAGAGCUGCCCGCGGAGAAACGCUCACAGAAGCACCCACGAGCCUGACUGAACACAGGAAGAGCCAGUAGUGGCCAUGUUAGAGCCAAAGGACUCGCGCCUCCCUCCCUCCCUCCCUCUCCUGUGUAUAGAGCACACAUUACUUGAAUUCACUUUACCUUGGCACUUUUUGUUUUGUUUUUUCCUUUUGAGAGGACCACUCAAUCCUUCCUAUGCCACUUCAUUCUUAUCUUCAUGACCACACAGCCUCCUCUCUUUCCAUUUUUCUGUCUCUCUUGAACAAAAACACACAAAAAGAAGGACUAUACCAUCAUGCCACCAACUCCACUGUUUGUAAGUGUGGUUAGGAUAUUUUAUUUCCCUCUGCCGGAGAGGAUAUUUGAAGAACUCGUGUUUUAUUUGUAAUAUAGCUGAAUAAGGUUCCUGUAUGAUUUUUUUUUUCUUUCUUUUUUAAAGAUAAAGUUCCUUGUACAUUAUCCAACUGUGUUGUGAAGCAUUAACUCUUAUAUGUUUGUAUUUCCAUUUGUGCGAAUGUGUGUGUGUAUAUAUGUGUGUGUUUGAAUGUGAACCCACUCCCAUGUUUAUUAAGUAUUGAAUGUUAGUGUAAGGCACCUGCGCCACCGCUCUGUUCUCUUCAGUCCUGUAUGGGGACACAGUGGCAGUUCAGUGGGUAUUGUACAGUAUGUAUACUAUAGUACGAUGUAAGGAAACAAAGAAAAAAAAAGACGUUUUAACUUAAAAAAAAACACAGAGAUGUGUACACUUGUGGCUGGCCACCUGAUGCUCCCACUGUCGGCUCCCAUCUUACAGACUCCCUACUCAUACUUCUCUCUCUUAUACUGGUAAUAACUCCCUCCUGUCAUUGUCUUUGGACACUGAGACGUCUGAUCCAAGACAUUUCCACUCUCUCAUUAUUGUGACUUGUCCAGAUGAGAGUACGCAGCCAGAACCGGAUCACAUGGCCUCAAUUUUGACCCUGUGCUGCUCAAAUAAAUCUUUUCCAUAUACUUCUCUCUCUCUCUUUCUCGGCAUAGAAAACCAUUUGUCUGCUUGUCUCCCUUUGGUGAUGUGAUGGAAACCAAGUACUGUACUGUAAAACUGUUUAUUCUGCCUUGCCCCCUGUACCCUGCUCCUAUCAGCACCAGCCUUUAAGCAAAAAAAACAAAAAAACAAUUCAUUGGAUCUCUUUGUGCAUGUAAACUCACUCAUAUUUAUGUACCGUGCUUUGAAAUCUUGUCCCCCUUUUUAUGCUCCAGAACCCAUUCUUGUCGUACUGUAAGUGAGCAGAGUCAGCGUUGAGUGUUAUAAACAUGGAUUGUGCACAGUGGAAAAGCAGUCGAGCAUAUCAUCAAUAAACAGAUGUUGUGGUUCAUUCAGCACCACGCUGUCAAAGCAGA